CAAGCUGAGUGUGGCUCCCGCCGCCUAGAUGCAGUGGAGGAACAGGGCAGCAGCAGAGGCACGGGGGAGGAGGGGGCGGAGGCAAAAUGGGGCGGGGUAAAGGCAAAACGGAGCACGGAUGAGGAGGAACGGGCCCAGGCAGAGAAGGCACGAGGUGGCAGCGGAGGCACGGGGCAGCAAAGGAUGCAGCUGUUCCGGGGGGGCGUCGAUGUCAGCGGAACCCAAACAGUAGCCCACCGUAUGUUCCUCCUGAGCCACAUCUCAUUUCACAGAGCGGCCUGGUCAGGGAUUUGGAACUGCCUAAGAGAUUAUAGAGUAGUGAAGAAAAUAUCUGGUGAGACUUUGACACCCAACAGAUGUCUUCACAGGACAUCACCCAUCACAGAACCUCCACCUCACCGCCUGACCACAAAGGAAAACAAGACUCUGGAAGUCAUCAAGAAGAUAAUGGAGCUGCUGACAGGAGAGUGUGAAGAACUGAACUAUAUGAAAGUUGAAGUUAAGGAGGAACAAGAUACAUUUGUUCUAAGUGAUCAACAGUCCAUGGAAGUGAUUAGGAUGAUUGUGAAAACUAAAAAGCGGGAAUCUUCUCAACAUCCCUCCUCAGAUGGGCGCCAUGUCCGGAAUAUCCCGAGGGGCCAUCAUAUUUUAGCUCCAGUUGGUAAUUCAGAAGACAAUGAAAUCUCAAAGCAUUCUACGGGAGUGAAUCCCGUUCCUCGACAUAUACUUAAUCUUUCGAAUAGACCAACAUCUAAUGUUGAGGAAUCUUCUGAUACAUCCCAUGGUAGGACUCCAGAUACACAUCUGAGAUCUCAGAGUGCGGAGAAAUCAACAGAUCCAUCUAAUCCCGAGGAAUCUUCCUCAAGUCAUGAAGGAGAUCACACAGGAGAGAGUUCAUUGUCAUGUUUGGGGUGCGGGAAAUCUUUCAGAACAAACCCAGAACUUCUUAUACAUCUCAGAUCUCACACCAGGGUGACGUUUUCAUGUUUAGAGUGCGGGAAAUCUUUCAGUGAGAAAAGUGAACUUCUUACACACCAGAAAAGUCACACGGGUGAGAACCCCAAUUCAUGUUCAGAGUGCAGGAAAUCUUUCAAUCUGAAAGGAGACCUUAUUAGACACCAGAGAAUUCACACGGGUGAGCGUCCUUUUUCAUGUUUAGAGUGCGGGAAACGUUUCGCACAAAAAGGAAGCCUUCUGACACACCAGAAAAUCCACACAGGUGAACGACCUUUUUCAUGUUCGGAGUGUGGGAAAUCGUUCAUAUUCAAAAGACGCCUUCUGUUACACCAGAGAAGACAUACGGGCGAGCGCCCCUUUUCGUGUCCGGAGUGUGGGAAAAGUUUCACUGAGAAAGCCUACCUUCUUACGCACCAGAGAAGUCACACGGGUGAACGUCCUUUUUCUUGUUCGGAUUGCGGGAAAAGUUUUGCAGCAAAAAAAGCACUUAUAAGACACCAGAGAACGCACAAGGGGGAAUGUCCAUUCUCGUGUUCAGAGUGCGGGAAAAGUUUCGCUCAGAAAGCACACCUCCUCACGCACCACAGAAUUCACACGGGCGAACGUCCUUAUUCAUGUUCGUAUUGUAAAAAAAGCUUUACUCAAAAAACAAAUCUUCAUACACAUCAAAGAAUUCACACUGGUGAACAUCUGUGUUCAUAA